AUGGCAAAUACACCAAUUUUCAUGCCUGUCGGUACUCAAGGAACAGUGAAAGGAUUAACUUGCAAACAAUUAGAAGACCUAGGAUGUGAAAUUAUUCUCGGAAAUACAUAUCACUUGGGUUUAAGACCUGGACCACAAAUUUUAGAAGAUGCUGGAGGUCUUCACAAAUUUAUGAAUUGGAAGAGGAAUAUUCUUACUGAUAGUGGAGGUUUUCAAAUGGUUUCCUUGUUGGAUUUGGCCGAUAUUACAGAAGAAGGUGUCACUUUCCAAUCUCCUCAUGAUGGUUCACAAAUGUUAUUAACACCUGAACAAUCCAUGUCUAUUCAAAAUAAUAUUGGAGGUGAUAUUAUGAUGGCACUUGAUGAUGUUAUUAGUACUGUUUCGACAGAUAUGCAACGAUUUGAAGAAGCCACAUGGAGAACUCUAAGAUGGAUUGACAGAUGUAUCAAAAGUCACAAAAGACCAACUCAACAAAAUUUGUUUGGUAUUGUUCAAGGAGGAUUGGAUGAGAGAUUGAGAAAGAUUUGUUUGGAUGGUUUGAUUAAAAGAAAUUUACCUGGUUAUGCUAUUGGUGGAUUGAGUGGAGGUGAGGAAAAGGAUAAAUUUUGGCGUGUGGUUUCACUUUGUACAGAUUAUUUACCUGAAAAUAAGCCACGUUAUUGUAUGGGUGUUGGUUAUCCAGAAGAUUUAGUUGUUUGUGUUGCAUUGGGUGUUGACAUGUUUGAUUGUGUCUACCCAAGUAGAACUGCAAGAUUUGGUACAGCCCUAGUUCAUGAUGGUGGUACUAUGAAAGUUAAAUCAAAUGCAUACAGAGAUGACUUUACCUCUCUUGAUCCUCAAUUGGAAGAGUCAUGCAUGGUUGAUGAAUGCUAUACGAGAUCAUUCUUACACAAUUUGUGCAAGGUUGAACAAACUGGUUCUCAACUUCUUACCUAUCACAAUAUUGCAUUCCAAAUGCACUUGAUGAAACAUGUGAGAGAGUCCAUUGUUGAUGGUUCAUUCGAAAAGUUUGUCAAGGACUUUAUGUUCAACUAUUUCCCAAAACAAAAAUACCCAGAAUGGAUUGUUAACGCCCUCUCAUCUGUUGGAAUUAACUUAUAA